CAAGAUUGAAGGCACGAUAUUGCAGAGCACCUAGAACCCGCAGACCACGCCACACAAACACAUGCGCUUGCAGAGCGCGCCAGAAGCACAUGGCCCUACGAAUCGGCUUGGCUUCCACGUCCGAUGCACUACGCCCCAUGCUGGCGGCCUGGGAUGCGGCUUACUCAUGGAUACGGUUCGCAGGUGCCUUGGUGCCCUUCGGCCCGCUUUGCGAACGGGAUCGGGCCGUGGGCUGGGUGCCUGAGGAUAUUAUUAUUAUUAUCAUCAUCAUUACCAUUUUGAUUAUAGACGAGGGAGCGGUUUACGUCUGGCGCGGGGGAUGCGAGUUUGGCAGAGCGGGAUGAGGAACAUCACGACGAGAUUUGAACAGAUCGACUCAGUCCCGGAAUACUACCUACAACAGAGUGUAUGUUC